UACAAAUCAUAUUUCUGGAUAAUUUAAAUGUUAAAUUGUAAAAUAGUUAUAUUAGAGCUGAAUAAAGCGCUAAAGGAUAAUGUUCUUCGACUGGAGCUUAACUGACUUAAAACACAGCGGUAAUGAAUGGCUGCAUUACACGUUUUCAUAUAGACAAGAUCUGCGCAAUGAUAUCGAUGACCUUAAUUGCAGUCUGCCGACCAUCAUGGAGUUCCCAAACCUUAUGCGACAAAAAAGUUGGAUAGCAAUCGUAGUGUCCUCUUUAGUCAGCAUGUACCUUUUUGUCAUCCUGGCGCUUGUCUGUGACGAUUACCUUGUGCCAGCCAUGGAGCGCCUUUGCUACACCCUGCGAAUGACCUACGAUGUAGCGGGCGCCACUUUUCUAGCGGCCUCCACCUCGGCACCGGAACUGUUUGUAAAUUUUGUAGGAACCUUCGUCACUAAUGGCGACAUCGGACUGGGCACAAUCGUGGGAUCUUCCGUAUUCAAUAUCCUGGUAAUUUCAGGCGUUUGCGGUAUCUUCACUCAACCGGCCAAACUGGAUUGGUGGCCGGUGACCAGAGACACAGUCUGGUACCUCGUAGCCAUCUUGUCGCUCACAUAUGUCUUGUGGGAUUCGAUGGUUAUGUGGUAUGAGGCUUUUGUCCUUUUACUACUAUACUUUGCUUAUGUCCUUCAAUUGUUCUUUGACCGUAGGAUCCAAAAUUUGGUUCGCCAUGAACACGCUGAGUCGGAGCUGUUGGACGAAGAUCCGAUGACCCGCGAAGAAGAGCCACUGAAGAAAUUUCGUGACCACGUCUGGGCGAAACCGCAGCCGGAAUCCCAUUUCUGUCAGUGGACCUGGUGGGUCAUCAAAUAUCCGGCAGAAUUGAUCCUUGCAUGCACUGUUCCCAGUGCUAGAUCCAUCUUCUUCCUGUCCAUGUGUUUUGCCGUCCUUUGGAUUAGCUUAAUAUCUUAUCUCCUUGCUUGGUUCCUCACAAUUUUGGGACACAACCUCAACAUUCCGGAUGCGAUCAUGGGGCUUACUGUACUGGCCGCCGGUACUAGUGUUCCAGAAGUAGCGUCCUCUUAUAUUGUGUCAAAAAAGGGAUAUGGGUCAAUGGCAAUCUGCAAUGCCAUUGGCUCGAACACAUUCGACAUUUUCGUAUGCCUCGGUCUACCCUGGCUGCUAAAUAUCAUUAUUGACCAGCACAAGAUCUUGAUCGACUCCACGGCCCUUACAUUUACCACGGCCAUGCUAGUGACAACUGCCGUCAUCCUUUAUUUUGGUCUUCUGGCGACCAGGUUUGUGAUGGGCAAGAUCGUCGGUUGGAUUUGCGUAAUCUCCUAUGUGCUUUUUCUGAUUAUCGCUUGUACACUAGAGAUACUAUUGAGCAGAGAAAACAAGUGCGACAUUGAGGAUCCUAAUUGAUUAAAUAAAUAUCUGAAAUGCGAAGGUUAUCAAAACGGGA